GAGCAAAAGCAACGAUAUCAGAGUAGGAGGGUUUCACUUUUCAAAAUUGGGAAAGCCUUAUUCAAAGGAAGAAAAAGCUUAGACCAAGAUGCGAAUGAAUGCCAAUGCCGGGGUCAAUUUCCCUUCUUAAAUUUCCUCACUACCGGUCCACAAUACCAAAAAAACUACGAAACCAAACUCUUAUUUCUCUUCCUCACCAAACACUUCAUCAACUCUCUCUCUCUCUCUCUGCAAACAAUCAUGCCAGGUUUCUUAUUCUUCCUCUUUUGCUUCUUCUUUGCAUCAUCACAACACAUCGCAAUUUCAUUCUCCACAGACACCUUAAGCUCAACACAAAUUCUUCUAACCAACCAAACCCUCGUAUCACCAAGCCACAUCUUCGCUCUGGGCUUCUUUCCGGGGACCAAUUCCACAUGGUACUUAGGCGCAUGGUACAACAACAUCACCGACGACAAAACCGUAGUAUGGGUGGCCAAUAGAGACAACCCUCUCGAGAAUUCCAGUGGUUUUCUAACCAUCGGAGAAAACGGAAACAUCGUCCUCAGAAAUCCAUCAAAGAAGAACCCCGUUUGGUCCUCCGACGCAACCAAAGCCAACAACCCCGUGCUUCAGCUUUUGGACACAGGAAACCUAAUUCUCAGAGAAGCAAACAUAACCGACCCGACAAAGUAUCUCUGGCAAAGCUUCGAUUACCCAACAGACACACUCUUACCCGGCAUGAAAAUGGGGUGGAACCUAGACACUGGCGCGGAGAAACACUUAACAUCGUGGAAAAACACAGGGAGCGACCCUUCAAGCGGAGAUUACUCUUUCAAGAUAGACACACGUGGAAUACCAGAAAUUUUCUUAAGUGAUGAUCAAAACAUUGCAUACAGAAGUGGCCCUUGGAAUGGUGAGAGAUUCAGUGGGGUGCCAGAGAUGCAACCCGACACAGAUUCUAUAACGUUUGAUUUUUCUUAUGAUAAACAUGGUGUGUACUAUUCGUUCUCCAUUGGGAACCGUUCGAUUUUGUCGAGGCUGGUUGUGACUUCGGGUGGUGAACUUAAGCGUCUUACUUGGGUGCCAAGUAGCAAAACUUGGACCACGUUUUGGUACGCGCCUAAGGAUCAGUGUGACGGCUACAGAGCGUGUGGUCCAUAUGGGUUGUGUGACUCCAACGCUUCGCCGGUUUGCACGUGCGUGGGAGGGUUCAGGCCGAGGAACCAGCAGGCGUGGAAUUUGAGAGAUGGGUCUGAUGGGUGUGAGAGGAAGACGGAUUUGGAUUGUGGGAGUGACAAGUUUUUGCAUGUCAAGAACGUGAAGCUGCCGGAGACAACCUAUGUGUUUGCGAACGGGAGCAUGAACCUAAGGGAGUGUCAGGAUUUGUGCCUCAGGGAUUGUUCUUGCACUGCUUAUGCCAACAUUCAGAUCACAAACGGAGGAAGCGGAUGCGUGACGUGGAGUGGUGAACUCGAAGAUAUGAGGCUGUAUCCUGCGGGUGGACAACAUCUCUAUGUUAGAUUAGCAGCUUCUGACGUAGAUGACAUAGUAGGUGGCUCUCACAAGAAAAACCAUACAGGUGAGGUUGUAGGAAUUACAAUUUCUGCAGCUGUAAUAAUUUUGGGAUUGGUUGUCAUUUUCUGGAAGAAGAGGAAACUGUUCAGUAUAUCAAAUGUUAAGACAGCCCCUAGAGGUUCUUUCCGAAGAAGUCGGGAUUUGCUAACGAGUGAGAGGAUGUUUUCAACUAAUAGAGAAAACUCAGGAGAAAGGAACAUGGAUGACAUAGAGUUGCCAAUGUUUGAUUUUAAUACCAUAACAAUGGCCACAGACAACUUCUCUGAAGCAAAUAAACUUGGACAAGGAGGCUUUGGUAUUGUUUACAGGGGCAGGUUGAUGGAAGGCCAAGAUAUUGCUGUCAAGAGGUUAUCAAAAAACUCCGUGCAAGGAGUUGAAGAAUUUAAGAAUGAGGUCAAGUUAAUUGUCAGGCUUCAACAUCGAAAUCUUGUUCGGCUCUUUGGUUGCUGCAUUGAGAUGGAUGAGAAGUUGCUAGUGUAUGAGUACAUGGAAAAUAGAAGCCUUGAUUCUAUUUUGUUUGACAAAGCCAAAAAACCCAUAUUGGAUUGGAAAAGACGCUUCAACAUUAUAUGUGGCAUAGCUAGAGGGCUACUUUAUCUGCACCAUGAUUCCAGAUUUAGGAUUAUCCAUAGGGAUCUCAAGGCAAGCAACAUUCUACUUGAUAGUGAAAUGAACCCAAAGAUAUCAGACUUUGGGAUGGCUAGACUUUUUGGCACGAAUCAGACAGAAGCAAACACAUUGAGAGUUGUUGGAACAUAUGGCUAUAUGUCCCCUGAAUAUGCUAUGGAUGGGAACUUCUCAGUGAAAUCUGAUGUUUUUAGCUUUGGAGUUCUAGUGCUGGAAAUUAUAACUGGGAAAAAAAAUAGAGGAUUCUAUUACUCAAAUGAAGAUAUGAAUCUUCUAGGGAAUGCAUGGAGGCAGUGGAGAGAUGGCAGUACAUUGGAACUCAUUGAUUCAUCCAUUGGCGAUUCAUGUUCACAAUCUGAAGUUCUUAGAUGCAUACACGUUGGACUCUUGUGUGUCCAAGAACGUGCAGAAGAUAGGCCAACAAUGUCUUCAGUGUUAUUGAUGCUGAGUAGUGAAUCCGCAAUAAUGCCACAACCCAGAAACCCUGGGUUUUCCAUAGGGAAGAAUCCUGUGGAGACCGAUUCUUCUUCAAGCAAGAAAGAUCAAUCAUGGAGUGUGAACCAAGUCACAGUCACAUUACUAGAUGCUAGGUAGUCAAAGAAGCAUAACAUCACUAACACAUUUGUAUAUUCCUCAAAACAUAAAAAAAUAUUCUGUAUUCUGUAAAUCUUCCUUCAUCUGAUAUUUGCGGCAUCUUUGAGAUCUACCUUAAUCUUUUUUUGUUUUUGAUCUUAACCCUCUAGUUCAUCAGGAGAAAGAAACUCUAACUAAUCCAGAGUUCAAUUGGGAGGUAAGUAAAACUUGAUCAAGAAUUGUUUCUGCUAAGGAUUGAACUUGGAUACUACUUAAACGAUUCAACCUUACCAUUGGCACAUUAA